CCAAAAAAAAAAAAAAAAAAUCUGUAUGUCUUGGACUUUCCAGGCAGGGAUGAUUCUCAUGCCACUAUUGAAACCCCAGAAACCCCCUGUCUUGGACUUUCCAGGCAGGGAUGAUUCUUGUGCCACCGUUGAAACCCCAGAAACCCCCAACAUUCUUCUAUCUAUUCGUUAAACAGAUCAACAAAUAUUUAUGGAGUCCCAACUUUGUUCAGGAAUUUUGCUAGGUACAGAUGAGGGGAGUAGCUAUUAGGAAAGGCUUUGGGACCAAACUUGCCUGGGACAGGCUGGACCCAACUCAGCUGGGGAAAAGCCAGACAGACCCCUCCAUGCCCUAGGUGGGUGUUUCUGCAACCCAGGCCAAGGGCAGUUAGGGCAGAUGGCUCUGCCUUAGUGACCAAGGCCGUUUCUAAGUGGCGAGUUGCCUUGUUUGGGUUUGUUUUCCAUUCGCUUCCCAGUGAGUUCCUUUUAAAAACAUCCACCCAUGUUGUCUCAACUGAACUAACAGGAAAGGAAUUUGUCCAGACUAUCAGGAAAGCAGAGAUGGGCAAGCCCAGGGGGCAGGCGUGGGGCCCUAGGCCUCUGUGUGCAGCUGCAGGAGAAGAGUGAGUCUAGCCUGGGUUGCUGUGGAGGGAUUGCUGAGGGUGCAAGUGCUGCAGAGAGGGGAAGCCAAGGGCCAGAAACAGGAGGCGGCUGAGGGGAAAAAGGAGGGGGAGAUUGAGGGUAUGGGGUAACCAAGGGGCAGAGACCACGGAGAUGGAGAGGGGAAGCUAAGGGGAGACUGAGGUUUAGAUGCAGGGCAGGGGGAGGCUGAGACUGGGGUUGAGGAGGCAGAAGGCCAGAGCCAUUCAGGACCUUGCCCCUUUCCUGGCCUCCUGGCCCCCUAGCCCUUCCAGGCCCUGCCAUCUCCUUGCAGUUUUCUGGCCAAGGAAUGAGCUAGCAUGAUUCUAGUCACCCCACCCAGAUGCCCCCACCCUGAAACAAUGGGGAAGUGGCCCCUUGGGCCUGCCUGCUUCCAGCUCAGGGCUGGGCUUGGUCACUAGGCAGGCACUUGUUGUAGCAACAGUCCCUGAGGACCCAUCCUAGGGAACAGAACUGCUAGCAGGAAAGAUGGGGGAGGCAGAGUCCCCAUCCGCUCUGGCCCCCAAGGCUGCCCCAGGCCUCCUUGACAGCUGCUCUGAGAUGAACAACUACCGGAGGGCCAUGAAGAAGAUGGCAGAGGACAUCCUGCUACUGCAGAAACAGGUCAGCAUCCUAGAGGCAGAGAACCACAUGCUGAGGAGCCAGUUGACCCAGGAGGAAGAAGAAGAGGACAAUAUCAACAAGGCCCAGAACCUGGCAUCCAUGAAGAAGAAACUGCUGCUAAGUGAGCUGGACAAGAAGAAGCUGAGGGACAAGGUGCAGCAUUUGCAGAAUGAGCUGAUUCGAAAGAAUGAUCGAGAAAAGGAGCUGCUCCUCCUGCACCAGGCUCAGCAGCCACAGUCAGCACUGCUGAAGCAAUACCAGGACAAGCUGCAGAAGAUGAAGGCUCUGGAGGAGACCGUGAGGCAUCAGGAGAAGGUGAUCGAGAAGAUGGAGCGGGUGCUGGAGGACAGGCUGCAGGAUAGGAAUGAGCCGCUGCAGAAGAGGCUGCAGGGAAAACCCAACGUGGCCUUCCCCAUGCUCUCAGCCUCUGGCCUUCCCCCGGCUCCUACGGGAGAGACCCUGCCUGUUGACAUUUACUCAGUGCUGCUGGCAGAAAACUCGAGGCUGCGGGCUGAACUGGACAAGAACCGCCACCAGUCGGCCCCCAUCAUUCUGCAGCAGCAGGCCCUGCCGGAUCUCCUUGCCAAUAAUUCAGACAAGUUUAACCUCCUGGCCAAGCUGGAGCGAGCUCAGAGCCGGAUUCUUUCCCUGGAAAGCCAGUUAGAGGACUCAGCUCGACGCUGGGGACGAGAAAAGCAGGACUUGGCCACACGGCUGCAAGAGCAAGAAUAUGGCCUGAGGCACCCUUCCAACACCAUCAUCACGGACCUACCUAACCCUUCCGCCCUCUCCAAGGACAAAAGGCGACCCUCCAAGCUGGACCCCUUGAUUCCCAGCUCAACAAGCUUUUGAAAUCCCAGCAUACUGAGUACUAGCAGACUUGAGUCCUGGAGCAGGCCUUUCUGUGUGUGCUGAGGAGCCUCAGCCCUGCCCCCUAAAAAUGACUUUAUUAAAUGCUAUCGGUCAGUGAUCAUUCACCUCUUUCCUGGAGCAGAGCAGCCUGGGGGGCCCAAGCUUCCUCAUUCCAGAUCCUACUCUGGACCUAGGUCUUCUGCUGAAGCCCUAUAGCCUCCUGCCCCUCCCAGGAGCUGUCAACUUUGGAGAGCCAAAGGCUAUAGUGGACCCAGGACUGGGGGAGAAGAGGCCUUCCAAAGCAGGAGCCAGGGAGACAAGUCCCAUCUAGACCUCUGGAAGAACUGAGACCACCAGAGGCCAGCUGUGUUAGGAGAUAUGAGGGAGGCUGGGACUUGCUACCUGCCCCUAAACAUCUAUCAUAUAUGAAAUCCCUUCUUUCAAGUUUGGUUUAUCUGUUCUUUGGGAAGGGAAAGACUUGAAGCCUGCCUGUGACAAUCACUUAUAUGUUAGUGCAGAACACCCGCAUUCACCAGAGCUAGGUUGAGCUGGCAGUGCUAUGUCUAAAUGUGUCCAGGGAUAGAAAAGCAGAUGGGGCCAGAGGAAGAAGCCCUCCACUGAGAGUUAGGAGGCUUCUAGCUGCAGGCAUGCUGUGUGACCUUGGAUGACUCAAGCAACCUCUCUAGGCUUCAGUUUGCCUCAUUUAUCCCCAAAGAUCUUAACUUCUGUAACAGUAAGGCCCUUUCUAGAUCUUAACAUUUCUGAGUCAAAGAUGACUCACGCCCAGAGUAGGAAGGAGAGAGAAAAACAAGGAAGAGGAUUGUGAUGAGGAAAGGCAGAAAGGCUCCAAGAGUGGAUUCAAAACCUGCGGAUCUUGGUAGAAGAGGCCAAGCUGGCAGGGCUGCUGUUUCAAACAGGACUAGCCCCCCCUGUCUGCCUGCAGGACUCAGACCUGGGUAGCCAAUGGCCAGGAAGGAUCAGGCACCUGGUCAAGUCAGGAGUCAUGGAACUCAGAGGGAGUUAAGGGGGAUGAAAUUGGGACCGUUGUCAGGCAGUCCAAAUAAUGCACCAAAGACUCUGCCCUAGUCCCCCUGCUUCACAGGCAGAGCUUGGACACGUGGGCGUGUCCCACCAAAAUAGGAGGUUAAGCCCUGGGGAAGCCCAGAGAAGGGUCAGAUGGCGUAGAGGAAGCAUUCUAGCCUCUCAUCCCCAGAGUAAGCCACCUCAUGCCAGUCGCUCAUCUCAGCUCCUUCACCACAUUGUCCCGGGAUGUACUCAAGACUCUGACUGGUCCUUGGCAGGAAGUCUUCAUGACCCCACUGGGAAUACCCACCCAAGGGCUCAGCCAAGCAAACCCCAGCAAGAGCCUCACCCCUGAUAGGUGGUCCUUCCAUGGAAGCCAAGACUAGCCCAUACCUCUCAGGCUGCCCUGUUUUCUCAACAGAGCUCUGCCAAGUUCUUUGUCCCUCUGCCUGCUGCUUCAGUAGCUCCUAGUGCCGUGCCAAUAGCUCCCCACCUGCUCUGCCUCCCACCCUCAGCCCCAACAACAGGGAGGUUGACCCUGAUGGCUCCUGGGUUGCUGUAGGU